CUAUGACCCAUUUGGAGAAGGCUGCUUUCCCGUCCAAAAGGUACAGUUUUGAGAUUUAUAUACAAACUUUUGUUUUGGUUAGAUUCAUUUAACCGGAGUUGUUCAUUUGCUGGCUUUGGUUUCUCUUAAAUUUUAUCCCAAAAAAUUAUUGGCGUGGCUCUGUUUUUGGUUAAAUUUUAACAGAUUUUGGAUUAAGGGAAAACGAACCAAACCAGAAACAAUUUUUGUAUAUCAAAUAUUUGUAACAGAACCGAUCCGGAACCGGAACCGGAACCGAGAGAAAUUAACCCGAAACCGAACCGGAAAAUUAUAAAUAUCUUGAUGGACCGAAUCUCUAAGUUCCAAAGGAAUCAGAACCUAUAAAACCAGACCUGAACCAGAAACGGAUAUUUUGAAUGCCCAUGCCUUAUCUUUUUUGUGCACAAAGUUAAACAAAACUUUAACUGAACUUGUUACCAACCAUAUUUAGCUCAAAUAAGUAAGUCUGUUAUUUUCUCUCUCUAUAAUUCCCGGGAAAUAAUGUUUACCAUUUCUCUCUCUCUCUCUGAAUUUUGUCUUAGUUGUAUUUUCUCUCACCUUGAUUCCUCAGAAUUUAUUUUUGUCACAGACUUCACGAUUGGUUACUUGAUUAAUUAUUCUUUCUGAAUCCAGCCCACUUCCUCCAUUUCUCUGUUUCUGUUGUUCCUUUUUUUUCCUUUUCAUCUCCAGAUGUCACAUUUGGUUUGCGGUAAAGAAGAAAAGGAAAACGUUUUUGAUUCAUUCUCUUGAUAAAUGGCUUUUCUUGAUUCUGUGUUGAGACAUUGGAGCCUCCUCCACAUUUUGUUUCUCUCCCUAUCUUUAUGUUUCCUCCUCGUCAGAUCACAAGAACCACCUUUCUUUGCACAACCUCCACCACCACCUCCACCACCUCCUCCACCUCCACCACCACCACCACCACCUCCUCCGCCACCACCACCGCCUUCUUCUGCACCUCCACCACUUGUCAAUGUGACAGACAUUUUUCCACCACCUCCAGUAGCAGAGACAAUUGUGCCUCUGCCUUCACCUGCUCCUCAACAGCAGCCUCCGCAGCCCAGGUCAGAAUCCCUUCCACCGCCUCCUGAGCCACGGAGGUUUGGAUCACCAGAUGAACCAAAGAGAGGUGGAUUAAACAAAGGGGAGACGGUGGGACUAGUCUUUGCAGGGUUAGCAGCAAUGUUGCAGGUCUUGGUUGUUGUCUUCUUGGUUCUCAAAAGAAGACAACUUCUCCAGCUCAAAGAAACUCAAUGACAAUGGUAGCAAAGUCUGAAUUGACACACAGCUUACUUUGUUAGUUUCAGAGGUCAUUUAAGAAAUGUUGGUUAGAGUGAUGAAGAACAGAGA